AUGGGUGACAAGAGGCUCAACGACCUCCUAAAAUGGAGCAUCGAAAACUCUGAUACGACGCGCAAAGACCCCGCCGCCUCGGCCGCCGCCGCCUCGACCCCAUCGCAGCUGACGCCCGAGGUGCUGAGCGCGCUGAUGGGCGGUCCCUCGGAAGCCGACCUGAUGCGCGCAGCCAUGGAGGUCAUCGUCUCGGAGGAGGAGGGUAUCAGCCUGGAGGACAAGCUCAUCGCCUUUGACAACUUUGAGCAGCUGAUCGAGAACCUCGACAACGCCAACAACAUGGCCAACAUGGGUCUCUGGACCCCUCUGCUGGACCAGCUCACCCACCGGGAGCGCGACGUCCGCCGCAUGGCCGCCUGGUGCAUCGGCACCGCCGUCCAGAACAACCCCCGCACCCAGGAGAAGCUGCUCGCCGUCGGGGGGCUCCCUCCGCUUGCCCGCAUCGCCACCUCCGACCAGGAGCACGAAGACGUCCGCCGCAAGGCCGUCUACGCCCUCUCCUCCGCCGUCCGCAACUACCAGCCCGCCCUGGACCUGUGCGCCGCCGAGCUAACGGCAAACGGCCAUGCCACCGACCAGGUCGAUGCCAGCAACAUGGAGGCCGUGGAUGAGAUUAUGAACUCUCUCCGCGAAAAAGCCAAGACUGCUACUGCUACGGCUGCGUCUACAUAA